AUGCGCCUCUCCUCCGACUGCCUGCGGAUCGCCGCGCUCCUCUGCACGUUGACCCUGGUCUGCCUGGGCUUGCAGCUCCCCACGCCGGCGCUGCGAAGCGAUCCUGGCGCUGAGGCGUACUCGGUCGACGCCGGCUCGCUCCCGGAAUCGCUCCGCUCCACGCUCAUCGCAUCCGCGCCUGACGCCGAGACGAGCGCCUUCCUGGCGGCCAGCCGCAGCGAGGCGGCCUCGCUGCGCGGCCGCUGGGCACUCCUGCUCAAGCACAAGGCGUACGCCGUGCUCCUCCGGAUCGGAUGGACCCGGGUCGACGCCUCCGCAGCCUUGGGCAGGGUGCGGAUGUUUGUCGCGAGCUCCGCCCAGCUGCGCCCUCUCCUCGAGCGGGCCGCGCCGCAGCCUCCGUCAUCCCUCCUACUCGACAUCGGCUCCGGGACCGGCACCGUCACGCACGCGCUCGCCUCGGCCCUCGGUCUCUCCGACGGCUCCCGAGUCACCGCCCUCGAGUCGAGCGCGCCGCUGCGGCGGGAGCUAGGCCGGCGCUGGGGCUUCCGCGCCGCCGCAAGCCUGUCGGAGCUCGACCCGAGGGAGCGCUUCCAGGCCGUCUCCCUGCUCAACGUGCUCGAUCGGGUGGACGACCCAGCGGGCCUGCUCCGGUCCGCGGCCUCUCGCCUCGACCCCGCGGGAGGGCUCGUCGUCUGCGCGGUGGUGCUCCCCUUCCGAGGGUCCGUCCAGCUGCCGGGAGACCGGCGCCGCCCGCCGAGGCGCCCUCUGCAGCUGAGGCGCGCCUCUGGCCACACGCGCGGCUUCGGGCGGGCGGCCGCUGCCUUUGUCGACGCGGCGCUCGAGGCGCUGCGCCAGGGCGGAGGAGGGGCGGAGGGCGGGCGGAGGGACGCGUCUCUGCUGGCAUGGACGCGGCUGCCGUACCUGUCGUCGUCCGACGUCGGGCGCACGCACUACUCGCUCGACGACGCCGUCUUUGUCCUCCGCGUCGGCGGCGAAGCGAAGCGGAACGCGGUGGGAUCGGAACGAUAG